AUGGAGCAGAAGAAGAGAGACCCACGGAAACAGGCGCAACUCGUCGUCACUGUCGGCUCGACUUCGUUUCCUGCCCUCUCCGAUGCGAUCCUUUCACCCUCCGUGUUCGAGAUUCUGCCAGAGCUAGGAAUAGCAAGCGUCACGGUCCAGGCGGGGUCUGCUGAGAUUCCAGUCCACGCUCGCGGCGGAGAGAUCACGUAUACGACACGAAGAGGAAGCUACGUCCGCGUCCGAACGCUGCGGUACACACGCGACGCGGUCGAGAUGGACGCGCUGUUGAAAAGCGCAGACAUUGUUGUGAGCCAUGCUGGUGAGUACACUGUCACGUCGGGAGAGGGAAGCACAGCUGAGGUGAGCGUAGCGAAAGCUGACAUCAGGAUCGGGAAGCAUCCUUACCGCGCUCCGAAUGGGGAAGCCGCUCCUCGUCGUGCCAAACGAGGCGCUGAUGGACAACCACCAGGUCGAGCUGGCGGAUGCGUUGGAGAAGGAAGGCUACCUCGUGACAUGCAAGCCGGCAGAACUGUAUCACUUCUGCUUUCCCUUGACGUCGCUGUGGCCCAGGUCCAGAUCGGGCUGGACGAGAUUGCGAAUGCGCUGCUUCAGCACCUUGAGUUCCGGGAAACCGCCCUCGGUCUGUUGGUCAGCUCAGGCACACCCGUGUCGCCACAGCUGUAA